AGAAGAGAAAUGGAGAUAGAGAGAGACAUAGUGAGGGAGCGAGAGACAAAAACAGAGAGAAUUUUAUUAUUGACAGAAGCUUAUCGAGCAUUCAUGAGAAAGGAUUGGGCAGCGGUGAUGAAAUACUACGAGCACGAGGAUAAUGAUAGUGCAUACUUGGAUUAUCCUCUGACAAUCACCAAUGACACUGCGCUUCAUAUUGCAGUGUACAUCGAAAACAUGGAGUUGCCGAGGUUUUUAUUAGAUCAUGCAUCAUUUUCGUAUAACUUCGGGAAUAUAUUUGAAAACACAGCACUUCAUGAAGCGGCAGCAACUGGAAAUGUCGAAAUGGCAAAAAUGUUACUAGAUUUUGACAAAACUCUACUUGACCAAAAAAAUAAAGAAGGUGAAACUCCUUUGUUUAGGGCCGCUGCAUUUGGUAGGACAAAAAUGGUCAAGGUUUUGAUUGAGAAGAUUAUUGAAGUUAUUGACCUGGAAAGCAGGCCAAUGGAAAAGCACCGUAGGCGAGGAGACACCAAAUCCAUUCUUCAAACAGCUAUCAUCGGCAAACACUUUGAUACAGCUUUGGAGUUACUAAAAUGGGAUGUUUCGCUUCGAGACUUGGUGGAUAUAAAUGGCACCACAUGUUUUCAACUGCUAGCUAACAUGCCGUCUGCUUUCAAGAGUGGACACCCCAUGAGCAUAUUGGAGGGGCUACUCUAUCUUUGCCUUCCAGAUGAUGAUGACCUUCACGAUGACAAAGAGGAUGAAUCUUGGGCUACUUCAAGUCGAGGAGGAGAUCUUGAGUGUGGAUGUGGCUGGAGUUUCCCCCGCCAAUUCUGCCGCUCAGGUGACUAUAUAGCCAUGUCAAGGAUAUACCAUACUGUUUGGAGGUGCAUAGCUCAAGGAUUGCCAACAAUUAGAAGACUUUGGGACAUAAAAAUACAGCAAAAGAGAGUCAUGAAGCUUGCUACAAUUCUAGCUCAAAUAGACAAGACAUGGAUGAAUACAAAUAAGAACAGAGAUCAUGAAGCAGAAGGAGAAGAUUUUUAUGUUGUGGGGAAACAAGCAAUAGAAGAUUUAAGUAAGGAAGCUGGGCCUCCUCCGCUUAUUGCUUUAUCUUCUGAUACUCCACUAAUUUCAGCAGCAAGAAAUGGGAUCACAGAGAUUGUAGAGAUCAUUCUCAAACGGUAUCCUCAGGCAAUUGAGAAUAGAAAUGACCGACUUGAGAACAUACUUCACGUUGCAGCAAGAUAUCGAAGGAAAGAAAUCUUGGAUCUUCUACAACAAUCUCAGGUUCCAGUGCUGAGGCUUAAGAGGUUGAUCAACGUCGAUCUUGACACCAUUUUGCAUCAAGCUGCAUACUUGGGUGAGCAUCAGUUGAGGGAUAGGCCUGGGGAAGCCCUCCGCAUGCAGUCAGAAAUACAAUGGUUCAAGCGAGUGCAGAAACUUGUACCUCCAGAUUUUAUCAAAAACCAAAAUAAGAGUGAUCUGACUGCUGAAGAAUUGUUCACCAACCAACAUAAGCAACUGGUGGCAGAUGGCCAAGAAUGGCUAAUGCGAACAGCAAAGGCGUGCACUAUAGUUGCUGUCCUAAUAGCCACCGUUGCUUUUACCUGUGCCUACACCAUCCCUGGAGGUUCGAACUCAAGAACAGGACAUCCCUUGCUACACAAAGAAACUCCAUUUCACGUUUUCACAAUCUCAGACACAGUAUCACUCUGCUUCUCCCUGACUUCUGUGGUCGUGUUCCUCUCGAUUAUGACAUCGAGAAUGCACGAAAGGGAUUUCAGGAGGUCUCUUCCAUUGAAGCUAGGCUUGGGACUGACUACAUUGUUCUUUGCUGUGGCAGCCAUGAUGGUUGCUUUUGCUGCUACACUAGUGCUGAUGAUGCGACAGAGGCUACAUUGGGCUGCAAUUCCAAUUUACACUGUCACUUGUUGCCCAGUCACUGUUUUUAUUGCGCUUCAAUUCCCUCUUUAUCUCAAUAUUGCGUGGUUUACACUUAGUGAUGUGCUACAGAGUCUCAGCUACUCUCUUCCUCUUGGAAAAUGUAAAAGAUUUUGAGCUAUGUGGAGUAGCGCACCUAGGGUGAUUAUAUAGCUAUGCCUAAAAAUAAAAUGUCUUAUUUCAGAAUAAGUUGACUAGCACAGCUCUUUUCACAACUUACUUGAGUGAUGGUAAAUGAGUGAUAAACAAUAAAAGUAGCAUCAAUGAUA